AUGUCUACGUUACUUUCACGGGAUGACCUCAAGGCCAGGUCAUCUCUUCCUUACUGGAAUCCCUCCCUGUCUGUGGCAAGCAGGGUAGAUGACCUCCUAGGCCGUAUGACUCUAGAAGAGAAGGCGGGCAUAAUGUUUCAUGACAUUCUUGCAAUAAGCCCAGGCGGAGCACUUGCAACUGAUGUACCAAAGCUGAAUCGCGACAGCGCCAAAAACUUGAUUCACGGCAAAGCGAUGAACCAUUUCAACCUAUUGGGAAGCAUCGACAAUGCAAGCACAAUGUCCCAAUGGCACAACGAAAUCCAACUCUUAGCCCGGGAGACACGUCUUGGUAUACCGAUCACCCUUAGCAGCGACCCACGAAACCAUUUCACCAACAAUAUCGGAACCGGGUUUCUAGCCGGGAAGUUCUCGCAAUGGCCGGAACCCUUGGGACUGGCAGCUCUGAGGUCAUCUGCUCUAGUGGAACGAUUUGCGGAUAUCAUCCGUCGCGAGUAUCUUGCGGUGGGAUUGCGACUUGCUCUUCAUCCUCAGGUCGAUAUAGCGACGGAACCACGAUGGUCCCGUAUCAGGGGUGGAUUUGGCGAGGAUGCAGAGCUCUCAAGUGAGCUAACUACGGCUUACAUUCGAGGUCUUCAGGGCCCCGGACCCCUUGGUCCUUCCUCGGUAUCGGCUAUGACAAAACACUUCCCCGGUGGUGGUCCCCAACAGGAUGGAGAAGACCCUCACUUUACCUACGGUCGUGAACAGGUAUACCCCGGCGACAACUGGGAAUAUCAUCUGAGACCUUUCAGAGCUGCUAUUCAAGCAGGGACCGCACAAAUCAUGCCAUCAUAUGGCAUGCCUAUUGGUACAAAGUACGAUGAGGUUGGCUUUGCUUUUAAUCGGGAAAUUAUCACGGAUCUCCUACGGAAUGAGCUCGGAUUUAAGGGUAUUAUUUGCACCGAUUGGGGACUCGUCACAGAUGCAGUCAUUAGAGGUCAAGAUAUGCCCGCUCGUGCCUGGGGUGUGGAACACCUUACUGAGCUCGAGAGAGUACAGCGUUUGAUUGAAGCCGGUUGUGAUCAACUGGGUGGGGAGUCUCGUCCAGAGCUGGUCGUGAAACUAGUCAGGGAUGGCAUUCUUCCCGAGUCCCGAAUCGAUGUCUCGGUCCGUCGUCUCCUGGCCGAUAAGUUCCUUCAGGGGCUAUUUGAGAACCCCUUCGUGGACGUCGAGGCCGCUUCUACUAUUGUCGGCUGUUCAGAGUUCUCUGAUGCUGGCCAGGAUGCACAGCGGCGCUCUUUUACAUUAUUGAAAAACACGAACGACCUCCUCCCACUCACAUCGGGACUGAAACAGAAAGUUUAUAUUGAAGGAAUCCCGCCAGAGCUUGUCCAGGCCCGGGGAUUGAUUGUUGUGGAAACGUUGACGGAGGCUGAUUUUGCCCUGCUACGCCUUAGAGCGCCUGCUAAACCACGUCCGGGGGGAUUCGAGGCGCUUUUCCGUUCUGGGUCCAUCGAGUUCGACGAUGAAGAAAAGUCACGGCAUUCCAGCAUAUUCCGAAGCGUUCCUCUCACGAUUGUUGACAUUUACCUUGAUCGUCCGUCGGUAAUACCUGAAAUUUCCGAUGCGGCCAACGCAUUGUUGGUCAACUACGGCGCCAGCGAUGCAGCACUCUUGGAUGUGGUUUUUGGUGUUGCCAAACCUGAAGGGAAGCUUCCUUUCGAUUUGCCCUCUUCAGAGGAAGCCGUGCAGUCCUCUCGCUCCGAUGUGCCCUACGAUACGAGAAACCCGAUCUUCCGUUUUGGAGAUGGACUACAAUAUAGACCGCGCUCCACUAACGACUCAACCUAUGUAUCACUGGCAGAGAAAGAAUCCCUAUAG